UCUAGUGCUGUUGAACAUGCUUCUACAGCAAGUGCGGCAGAUGCUUAUUCUAGCCUUGUGAAAGAUCUUUUUCACCCAUGUGAGGUGUCACCUCAAGUUUUUAUGGACGUUUCUCAUGAUCCUUGUACUGCUGGACAGGUGCAAGAAGCCAUUCUGGGAGAUGAAUCUGCGCCUUCGGUGUGUGAUCCUCUUCCAGAGAUGGCUUCUGAAGCAUGCAUAAUAGGCCCUACGAGUUUGACCCUAUGUGGCUUUAAAUUAAUGUUCACUUUGAGGAGUCAGAACUCAGAGAGAUAA